AGAAAGUAGGUUAGUGGCACGGCAGUCAUUCCAGCGCAGAAGUAGGUCAUAUGCAAGUCGCGCUGAUUGCUCUCAUCCGUAUUGUGCGUAUAUGCACGCUUCUCCGAUCCCAGAGAAGAGGUGCUGACCAUAAUACUAUUAGGACCUUGAGAGACCACUGAGGACCACACAGAACCUGUGACAGAUCUGAAGAACCACGGAACCUGUGACAGAUCUAAAGAACCACGGAACCUGUGACAGAUCUAAAGAACCACGGAACCUGUGACGGGUCUAAAGAACCACACGGAACCUGUGACAGAUCUAAAGAACCACGGAACCUGUGACCGAUCUACAUAAUCACGUGGGACCUGCAAGAGAUUUACAGAACUGCUAGACUGAGAUGCACUCAUGAACAUCUGUGAGGAGCUGAUGGCUGACCAGAGGAUGGACAUUUCCUCCACCAUGAGUGACUUCAUGUCGCCAGGCAACGCUGACCUCAUCAGCAGUUCCAUAGGAACGACUGGCCUCGACUACAACCGUAAGAGGAAGAACAGCUCCUCAGACUACCAAUUUGAUGGCUUUUCUUUCGAUGACAGCAUGGAGACCGAUAAGGACAAGCAGCUGGGCAGUGCUGAUCAACAAGGUCGCAUCAAGCAUGCAAGGGAGGCCCAUAGCCAGAUUGAGAAGCGUCGGCGUGAUAAGAUGAACAGCUUCAUUGAUGAGCUGGCCGCCCUGGUGCCCACCUGCAGCGCCAUGUCCCGCAAACUGGACAAGCUCACCGUGCUGCGCAUGGCGGUGCAGCACAUGAAGACCCUACGAGGUGCUGCUAACCCGUACACUGAGGCCAACUACAAGCCUGCAUUCCUGUCUGAUGAUGAGCUGAAGCAGCUCAUACUGAGGGCAGCGGACGGCUUCCUCUUCGUUGUGGGGUGCGAUCGGGGGAAGAUUCUUUUUGUCUCAGAAUCUGUUUAUAAAAUUCUCAACUACAGCCAGAACGAUCUGAUUGGCCAGAGCCUGUUUGACUACCUGCACCCUAAAGACAUCGCAAAGGUGAAGGAGCAGCUCUCCUCUUCCGACACCGCCCCCCGGGAGCGCCUCAUCGAUGCCAAGACUGGUCUCCCUGUGAGGACAGACGUGGCGCCCGGUCCAUCUCGUCUGUGUGCAGGUGCACGCCGCUCUUUCUUCUGCAGGAUGAAGUGCAACAGACCGCAGGUCAAGAUGGAGGACAAGGACUUCAACUCCACCUGCUCCAAGAAGAAAGCGGACCGUAAGAGCUUCUGCACGAUCCACAGCACGGGCUACCUGAAGAGCUGGCCGCCCACUAAGAUGGGCGUGGAGGAGGACGGUGAGGUGGACGGGGAGGGCUGCAACCUCAGCUGCCUGGUGGCCAUCGGCCGCCUGCACACACACAUCCUGCUGCCGCCCGCACACACACACAUCCGCGUCAAGCCCACCGAGUACGUCUCGCGACACGCCAUCGACGGCAAGUUCGUCUUCGUCGACCAGAGGGCCACGGCCAUCCUGGCGUACCUUCCUCAGGAGCUGCUGGGCACGUCCUUCUACGAGUAUUUCCACCAGGACGACAUCCCACACCUGGCCGAGUGCCACCGGCAAGUGCUGCAGAUGAGGGAAAAGAUCAACUCCAACUGCUACAAGUUUAAGAUCAAAGACGGCUCCUUCAUCACACUGCGCAGUCGCUGGUUCAGCUUCAUGAACCCCUGGACCAAAGAGGUGGAAUACAUCGUCUCCACCAACACUGUCGUCUCGGUGAGCAUGGCGGAGGGAGGGGACCCCAGCUACCCCCAGCUAUCAGCCUCACCGCAGAGCAUGGACAGCAUGCUGACAGCAGGAGACGGGAAGCGGGGGCUGCAGACGGUGCCAGGUAUCCCCGGUGGCACGCGUGCAGGAGCGGGCAAGAUCGGCCGCAUGAUCGCCGAGGAGGUCAUGGAGAUCCAGAGGAUCCGAGGCUCCUCCCCCUCCAGCUGUGGGUCCAGCCCCCUAAACAUGACCAACAGCACACCACCCCCCGACACAUCCUCACCUGGGGGGAAGAAGAUCCAGAAUGGCGGCUCUCCUGACAUCCAGUCUGCCGGUCUCUCUUCAGGGCCAGACUCCAUAGGAUACCCCUACUCCAACAACUCCCUACUGAGUGACAGCUCUCACGUGGGCAUUGACCUGAUGGACGAGCCGGGGUCCAGCAGCCCCAGCAACGACGAAGCGGCCAUGGCGGUCAUCAUGAGCCUGCUGGAAGCAGACGCAGGACUCGGAGGACCAGUGGACUUCAGCGACCUGCCCUGGCCGCUCUAAACACACACACGCACACACGGUGCUGAACACUGCAUUGCUGUGCUGUAUUGGACACGGACCUGAGAAGCAGUCAAGUCAGAAGAACCAGAGACAACUGAAGAAUCUGACUGAAGCAUCACCUCUCCCCUUUACACACACUAAAACACAUGCACAAUAAAACAUAUUCACAUAAACACACACACACACACAUUCACAGCAGAGGACACUUCUCCACACACACGCUAGAGUCAACAGGAAGAGGACCUUCUCUGUAGAGGUGACGGAUAGCCUCUCAGCACCUUGUCCCUGGGCCAUUGGUGUUUCUAGAGUAACAUAGAGGCUGCAGGAACGCUAUGUAUGUGUGUGUGUGUGUGUGCCUAUGGGACCUGAUUUCCUGACUCUUGAAAUGUCUCCUGUUUCUUGCUGUGGAUGGUAAUAAAAAUGUAUUGUAUGGACAUUAGCAUAUUUUUUAAAUAAAAAAUAUUUUUUUCUCUUGGAA